UCACGAGCUCGAGCCAAAGUAUUUUGCACUUGCCUUCUUUAUCCAUUUCUCUAUCUCUUCUUAUCCACUAUCCACUCUUCUUAGCCCAUUGCCCAUUAUCCAUUAGCCAUUGCCCAUCGCCCAUCGUUUGCUUUGAGUAGGCCACAUGACCUGGCAUAGUUGCACGGCUCUAAAACUGUCGAUGAAUGGCAGCCACAUUCAAAUAUUCAUGCUGUUUGAAUCCCCCAUUCCGUUACACCCCCCGACCCCAAUUCCUGGCCAGGACAAAUUACCAAGCUAUGCAAAACGGCGCCAAUGCCUGAAUUUUAAUUAGCAUGCAAAGAGAAACCGAGCGGUAAAGAGAGAGAGACAGCAUGAGAAAGAGAGCGACUGAAGAAAUGGAGUAAAGGGCACAAGGAUACGUCCAUGCAUACGCAUAAAUAAUAAUGGCAGUGGGUGUCUAACUGUGUGUGUAUGUGUGUGUGGCUGUAGCUGCGGCUGCUGCCUCGUUAUUAUACAUGAAAUGCCUGGCAGCUCAACUCUAAAUAUAUUGCGCCAGGACACGACGCGCCGUGCGAGACGCUUUGUUUGGCCGAGGGCAUAAAAUAAUUACGCGGCUUGCCACAAAAUUCAUUUUACUGUCAAACUAACAAACUCUGUGUGAGUGUAUGUGUGUGCGCACACAAGUUUAUAAACUACUAGUGUCCCAGGCCAUGUCCUUGUCGUGUCCUGGACAAACGCAAUGCAAUUACAAAGCGCGCUGAUAGAAUUCGUUUAUUUAGCGUCGUGUGCAGCAACAGCACCAACAGCAGCAGUUGAAAUGAAAUGAAAACAAUUAAGCCGGAAACGGAAAUACGCAGUGAAAAUGCGCUAGACUUCUGGCACUGACUCGCCAACAAAACCACUGCAGACAAAGGAAGGAAGAGACAGAGAGCGAGGCAGAUGCAGCAGCAUCCUUUUAUACACAAAUCUAACCAGUCUCAUCAUUGGGCAAAUGCCAUCACAUGCGAUGCCUACUCAAAAUGUCAGCUUCAAUUGAUUUAUCGAUUUCCAGGCAAUUGAAUUUCAAUUUUAAAUGGCCAAGCACAAACAUUCACCCCACUGCGUUACAUUGCAUUCAAUGCAGUUGUCUCUGAUGUUGUCCAACUGAUUGCAGUUGGGGCUUUUGUGUGCCACCUAACACAACACAACACAACAAACACACACUGCACAGUGCACACACAAAACUAAUAAGCGAGAAACUAGGACACCAGCUGCAAAAAUGUGUGUUGUGUGGGAGAGUUUGUUGAAUUGAUUUCUUAUAAAUAGAAUAAAGUUAAAGCAAUGCGGCUUCAAUGCGGAUGUUUAACAAAAGAGCAAGAUAAAAGCUUUUGAAUGAAACUACUUAUUAGCUGCCUGUUUUUAUCCCGUAAUAUUAAAAGUACAGCCAGAUAAUAGCAUCCCCAACAAAUUCUUACUGAUUCUGCAGACUAUUGUGUUGGUGAAAUACGAAAUUUAAAAACUCUAUUAUGCUGCAGUUAAAAAAAGCGCUGUCUGCUUUCUUAUGCUCUUUAGCGGCAUUUUAUGUAUUAUGAGUAAAGCCUAGAGAAAAAAGUGCACAUAAUCUUAACCGUCUACUCAUAAAAGUUAUACAGUUUUAUGCAUUUUUAAAGAGCAAUUUCCAAGUUUUCUGCCCAGUUGAUUUUUAAACCGGAAAGUUUAAAUUGUGUUGCCUACUUUUGAGCGUCGAGCGGAAGUAAACACAGAGAUAGUGAAGUUAAUAACAUGCAUUGAUGCUGUACGUGGCAGCACGAACUAAUCGAAAGGCCAUCACACACACAUAUAUAGAUAUAUAUGUAUGUACUAUAGUAAAUGCCCCAUGCGCAGCACUUUUGCUUUCAUUUGCAACAAUUGGAGGCGACACUCGCAUAAAAACAGCUGCUGGCAGCGAGACUGCAAACUGCAUUUAUGUCAGACGCACGCGCUACGGUCAUCAAAUGCAAAGCUGGAAGCUGGCAAUGCCAAUGCAAUGUUGCAACGAGCAACAGCAACAGCAGCAUCAACAGCAGCAGCAGCUGCUGCUGCAAGGAUAACGUUGCCAGCGAGUAAAUCCCAAUGUUUGCUGUUUAGCACAAACGAUGUCUGCUAAUUUGUGGCAAAGCAAAAAACACACACACACAGAGAGGGACGACUAGAAGAAAGCAAAAAGCAAAGCACACUCACGACAAGCUCACGACAAAGUCGCCAAUCAAUAAAUGCAAAAGCAAAGCACGCCAAACCGAGUGAAAGAAGCUUUUGAGCGUAAAACGUAAAAGCUUUUGCGGCGCUUUGCAAAAAACGAGCCAAAGUUGUAAAGCUUCAACCAGCCAGCCAGCUGCUAACACUUGCCGUAUGCCGACAAGAGCCGAACGUCGUAAGCCGAGCCGAACACACCCGAAUUCCGAUUGCCGAUAGCCGAUAGCCGAGUGCCAAGUGUUAAGCGACGAGUGGCGAAUGCACCGCUUGGCGCACACCACAUGACGCUUUUUUGAGCUAAACCGAAGCUGAGUCGAGAUUUUGCGCUCAAUCGAAGCUUCGCCUCGCUGUGUAGGCCGCUGCUGCUUGAAAAUGCCAAAGGGGCAGCUGGCAGUCGCCUAUUCGCCCCUCGCGUCCCUUUCGCCUACAGCCAGCUGCCUGCUGCCAAACUGUCUCAAUGGUCUGGCCUCGUGGGCGCGAAAGCUUUGCAGGCGCGGACAGUUGUAUACGCAACGUUUUAGCUAACGAGCACGAGACACGGACCGAGUUCCCCCAAAGCGCGACGCGUACGCAUCGAAAGUGUGACUGCCAGUCAAAUGAUUUAGUCUCAGUCGAAAAAAAAGAAAGAAAGAAAACCACACACAAAAAAAAAAGGAAUAUAUAUCUAUAUUAGAAACAUCAGCUAUUUUAUUGUUAAUGUAAAUAAGUGCAUACAAUUGUUAUGUACAUACAGAUUUAGGGUAGUAAUCGGUAAAAUCGGUUUGCUCCAAUUUGUGAGCCAAAUUGUGCCAUAAAUAAAACUGAGAAACGAGGCAGCAAAAAAAAGAAAGCAGCAAGCAGCAGCAAAAAAAAUCGUGGCGCGAACGUGUGUGCCAGAAAAUCAUUGAGCAAAAAAAUAUAAAAAUCCUUCAAAAGGAUGUAAAGCAUUUCAAAUUUGUGCCUUUACCUGCAAAUCGCACUUUGUGUGUCUGUGUUUUCGUGAGCUUCCAACAAAAAAAAUACAAAUAUCAACAAAAAAAUACGAAAAAAGCAAAAAUACAAUCUCGAGUAUAAGAGAAACGAAGACAACGCGUACGAAAACUACAACUACAACAAAAACUACAGUUAAACCAAAAACAAAAAAAAACAGUACACCAAGACAAGUAACCAACUACUAAAAUAAUAAUAAAUAACCUAAUAAUGAAUAAUUAACUAAAAUCAACAGCGAACAACCUUAAACAAAAAUGAACUAAACUCGACAUCAAAAUAAAAAUACCAAAAAAAAUACGAAAAUAACAACACAAAGUUACAGUUACAGAAACAGCCACAACCAAAACAAAACAACCAAUUUGAAAUCGCCCAUUUCAGAUGUACAAUAACUUCACGGGUGCCAGCGGAAGCCCCCCACUGCCAGAUAUCAUUGGACAAUACUACGGCCCAACCGGAUACGGUGGAGCACCGCUCAACGGCUCGUUUGCCGCCGGUCUAAGUGGCGCCGGCUAUGGCAAUGCCGCCUAUGAGCUGUACGGUCCAUCGACGUCAACGGGUUACCUGUACGAUCCGACAUCGUUGGCUGCAACCGCUGCCCAGCUGUAUGGACAAACGUCACCGAUACGAAGACGUCGGUAUAGCAUUGCGGGUUUGCCAUCGGCAACAAUGUACAAUGAUGUUUAUGGGUAUCCAGCGCCGCCGCUGCAUCAGACGAGCUCCUCAAAUAUUGUGAAUCUGUUGAAUGAGGCGCACAAAUCGAUAUCACGCUCAUCGCAGAUAUUGAAUUUGAGCCACCAGGCCAGACAGCUGGGGCAACCGGUGACGGUGACGACACCGCUGUCCGGCCGUGUGGUCUCCAGUUAUCCAACGCUGCAUGCGGGCGACACAUCGCCGCCAUAUUUGAACGAUAACCUGCUGCAAAUGUCGACGAGCUUCUCAUCCCAGCCCAAUAUGUACUUCCAGCCGCAGCCGACGCAGCUGACGGCCGCUCAAAGCGCCGCUGCGGCGGCUGCACGACUGCGACCCGCCUACUCCGUAUCGAAUCUUGUCGCUGGCACUGGCCCUGGCUCUGGCUAUCCAGGCAGCUGCAAGUACGGCGCGACGGGCUACGCGAAUCCCUAUCAAAGCGAUCCACUCACCUCGGCCACCGGCGGCCCAUAUGGCCUUGGCCUCGGCGGCCUCGGCCUGGGUGCGGGCAUGGGUUCGGGUCUCGGCCUGAGCGGCAUGCCAGGCGGAGGCGGAGGCGGAGGCAUCGGGGCCAUGGGCAGCAUGGGCCUGGGCCUGGGUCUGGGUCUGGGGGGUAUGCCUGGGUCGGUAUCACAACAGCAGCAGCGUCAUCUCAUGUCACACACACUGCAUGCCUCAAAUCCCGCCAUUUCGCAGUACUAUCAGCAGCACUCGCUACCGCCGACGGCCAGCUCGGCGCUGGCCUACAAUCUGCAUCAGCAGUUCGCCGGAACGCAACAACAGCAGCAGCAGAGUGGCCAGCAGCUGGGCCAGCCGCAUUCGCAUAUACAGGCCUCGGUGCAGCAGCAGAUGAACCCGCAGUAUCAGUAUCAUGUGCAUCAGCACCAGAACCAUCUGCAAACCCAUCCGCUGGCAGCGUUGGCCAACACAACCGGCCCCUUUGGCGGCACGCUGGCGAGCAGUGCUCGCGAUGCCGCUGUAGCAGCUGGUGUUGGCUACGAGGGGCUGCAUCAUACACCGCAUUCGGCACACUCGCAUCUGCAUUCGCAUUCGCAUCCGCAUCCGCAUCAUCACCAUCCGGUUGGUCUGCAUGCCUCGACAUACCCGCACUCGUCAUACUCGCAUCAUCAUCAUCAGCAACAACAACAACACCAGCAUCAGCAACAUCAGCAACACCACCAGCAGCAGCAACACCAACAUCACCAUCACUUGCCAUACUCGAAACUAGACUUAGAUUACCCGAAACUGCCGCAAGAGCAUAAGCGACAAUUGGACGAAUUCCGUCUUGAAAUACAAAGAAGGGAUCAAGAGAUUCUGGCGAUGGCGGCCAAAAUGAAAACGCUCGAGGAGCAGCAUCAGGACUAUCAGCGGCACAUAGCGGUGCUCAAGGAGUCGCUAUGUGCCAAAGAGGAGCACUACAACAUGCUGCAGACGGACGUCGAGGAGAUGCGCGCCCGCCUCGAGGAGAAGAACCGUCUCAUCGAGAAGAAGACCCAAGGCACGCUGCAGACGGUGCAGGAGCGCAAUCGCCUAACCAGCGAGCUGACCGAGCUCAAGGAUCACAUGGACAUCAAGGAUCGAAAGAUUAGUGUGCUUCAGCGCAAGAUUGAGAAUCUCGAGGACUUGCUGAAGGAGAAGGACAACCAGGUGGACAUGGCACGGGCUCGUCUCUCCGCCAUGCAAGCUCAUCACAGCAGCUCCGAGGGCGCACUCACCAGCCUCGAGGAGGCCAUCGGCGACAAGGAGAAGCAAAUGGCGCAGCUGCGCGAGCAACGCGAUCGCGCCGAGCACGAGAAGCAGGAGGAGCGUGAUCUCCACGAGCGCGAGGUGACCGACUACAAGAUGAAGUUGCGCGCCGCCGAAAGCGAUGUCGAGAAGCUGCAGACGCGCCUCGAGCGGGCGGUGAAUGAGCGUGAGCGGCUCGAGAUCAAGCUGGAGGCGUCGCAGAGCGAACUGGGCAAGUCGAAGGCGGAGCUGGAGAAGGCCACCUGCGAGAUGGGACGCAGCAGCGCCGACUGGGAGUCCACGAAGCAGCGCAUUGCACGGCUCGAGCUGGAGAACGAGAGGCUCAAACACGAUCUGGAGCGUUCGCAGAAUGUACAAAAGUUAAUGUUCGAAACGGGCAAAAUAUCGACAACGUUUGGCCGCACCACAAUGACGACGUCCCAGGAGCUGGAUCGAGCGCAGGAGCGUGCCGACAAGGCGUCUGCCGAGCUGCGUCGCACGCAGGCUGAGCUGAGAGUGACACAGGGCGAAACUGAAAAACGUUUUUCGGACGCCGAGCGUGCACGCGAAGAAGCCGCUGCCCUGCAAGAGAAACUGGAAAAGAGCCAGGGCGAAGUCUAUCGACUCAAGGCGAAACUGGAGAACGCCCAAGGCGAGCAAGAGAGUCUGCGCCAGGAGCUGGAGAAGGCCCAGAGCGGCGUCUCUCGCAUACACGCCGAUCGCGAUCGGGCGUUCUCCGAGGUCGAGAAGAUCAAGGAGGAAAUGGAGCGCACUCAGGCAACGCUCGGCAAAUCGCAGCUGCAGCAUGAGAAGCUGCAGAAUUCGCUGGACAAGGCACAGAACGAGGUCGAUCAUCUGCAGGACAAGCUCGACAAGGCGGGCGCCGAGAAUCGACGGCUCGUCCUCGAAAAGGAGAAGCUCACCUACGACUACGACAAUCUGCAGUCGCAGCUUGACAAGGCUCUCGGCCAGGCGGCUCGCAUGCAGAAGGAGCGCGAAACUCUCACUCUGGACACGGAUCGCAUUCGCGAGAAACUUGAGAAGACGCAGAUGCAGCUAGCGCGCAUACAGAAGGAGCGGGAUCAGUUCUCCGAUGAACUGGAGACGCUCAAGGAGCGCUCGGAGUCAUCGCAGACGCUGCUGAUGAAGGCCGCUCGCGAUCGGGAGGCGAUGCAAACCGAUUUGGAAGUGUUGAAGGAGCGCUACGAGAAAUCGCAUGCCAUACAACAAAAAUUGCAGAUGGAGCGUGACGAUGCUGUCACCGAGGUGGAGAUACUCAAGGAGAAGCUGGACAAGGCUCUCUACGCCAGCCAGAAACUGAUCGACGAGAAGGACACCUCGAACAAGGAGUUCGAGAAGAUGCUCGAGAAAUACGAUCGUGCUCAAAACGAAAUCUAUCGUCUGCAGUCGCGUUGCGACACCGCCGAAGCGGAUCGUGCCCGUCUCGAGGUGGAGGCCGAACGCUCCGGUUUGGCGGCAUCGAAGGCACGCGAGGAUCUGCGCAAGCUGCAGGACGAGAGCACACGGUUGCAGGAGGCCUGCGAUCGUGCUGCACUGCAGCUGAGUCGCGCCAAGGAGUGCGAGGAUAAUGCACGCAGCGAACUCGAGCACAAUCGCGAUCGCUUCGACAAACUGCAGACGGACAUUCGACGCUCGCAGGGCGAGAAGGAGCACUUCCAGUCCGAGCUGGAGCGUGUCACCUACGAGCUGGAGCGCGCACAUGCUGCGCAGACCAAGGCGGGCGCCAGUGUCGAGGCGGCCAAGGAGGAGGCCGCUCACUAUGCCGUCGAGUUGGAGAAGAUGCGUGAACGCUAUGAGAAGAAUCAGGUAGAGCUGCGCAAGCUGCAGGACACCGAUACGUUUGGCCGCGAGACGCGACGUCUCAAGGAGGAGAACGAGCGGCUGCGCGAGAAGCUGGACAAGACGCUGAUGGAGCUGGAGACGAUACGCGGCAAGUCGCAGUACGAGUCGGAGUCGUUUGAGAAGUACAAGGACAAGUACGAGAAGAUCGAGAACGAGAUCCAGAACAUGGAGUCCAAGCUGCACGAGACGAGCCUACAGCUGGAGCUGUCCAAGGGCGAGGUGGCCAAACUGCUGGCGAAUCAGGACAAGCAGCGCAGCGAACUGGAGCGUGCGCACAUUGAGCGGGAGAAGGCGCGCGACAAGCACGAGAAACUGCUGAAGGAGGUCGAUCGUUUGCGCCUGCAACAGUCCUCGGUGAGCCCCGGCGAGCCGGUGCGUUCGUCCGCCUCGAUGUCGAUCUCGGCGGGCGAGCGACAGGAGAUCGAUCGGCUGCGUGAUCGCCUCGAGAAGGCGCUGCAGUCGCGCGAUGCUACCGAACUGGAGGCCGGUCGCUUGGCCAAGGAACUGGAGAAGGCACAAAUGCAUUUGGCCAAACAGCAGGAGAACACCGAGUCCACGCGCAUCGAAUUCGAGCGCAUGGGCGCCGAACUGGGACGUCUCCACGAUCGCCUCGAGAAAUCCGAAUCAGAGAAGGAGACGUUGCGUCAGACAAGUCGCAAUGCUGGUGCUGCUGGUGGUGCUGGUGCCAAUCCGCAGCUGGAGAAGCACGUGCAGAAGCUGGAGAGCGACAUCAAGCAGCUGGCCAUGGAGCGAGAGCAGCUGGUGCUGCAGCUGGAGAAGAGCCAGGAGAUACUGAUGAACUUCCAGAAGGAGCUGCAGAAUGCCGAAACGGAAUUGCAAAAGACACGCGAGGAGAAUCGCAAGCUGCGCAACGGCCAUCCCGUGGCGCCAGCGGCUCCCGCCGAGAUUCAGGCCAUGCAGAAGGAGAUCCAAGUGCUGCAGCAGAAGCUGCAAGAGUCCGAGCGCGCCUUGUCCGCCGCUGGACCAUCAGGGCAGCAGGGAGCGGCCGCAGCAGCGGGCGCUAGUCGCGAGGAGAUCGAACAGUGGCGCAAGGUCAUCGAACAAGAGAAGAACCGCGCCGACAUGGCUGACAAGGCGGCCCAGGAGAUGCACAAGCGCAUACAGCUGAUGGACCAACACAUCAAGGAUCAGCACGCCCAGAUGCAAAAGAUGCAGCAGCAGAUGUCGCAGAUGACACAGCAACAACAGCAACAGGCGGCAGCGCAGCAGCAACAAAAUGCCGCAGCUGCAGCCAGCGGCGUCGAUGCCAAGGAGCUUGAGAAGGUCAAAGGUGAACUGCAAGCUGCGUGCACGGAGCGCGAUCGCUUCCAGCAGCAGCUGGAGCUGCUUGUGCAAGAGCUGGAAAAGAGUCAGAUGUCCAAUCAGGAGCAGGCCAAGCAACUGCAGACGGCGCAGCAGCAGGUGCAACAACUGCAACAGCAGGUUCAAACGUUGCAACAGCAAAUGCAACAGCUGCAACAAGCGGGCAGUGCGGGCGCGGCGGCCACAGAUGUGCAACGCCAGCAGCUGGAGCAGCAGCAAAAGCAGCUGGAAGAGGUGCGCAGGCAGAUCGACAACCAGGCCAAGGCCACCGAAGGCGAGCGCAAGAUCAUCGACGAGCAGCGCAAACAGAUCGAGGCCAAGCGCAAGGACAUCGAGGACAAGGAGAAGAAAAUGGCCGAAUUCGAUGUGCAGCUGCGCAAGCGAAAGGAACAAAUGGAUCAACUGGAGAAAUCACUGCAGACCCAAGGAGGAGGCGCCGCGGCAGCUGGCGAGCUCAACAAGAAGCUCAUGGACACGCAACGGCAACUCGAAGCUUGCGUCAAAGAGCUGCAGAACACAAAAGAGGAGCACAAGAAGGCGGCAACAGAGACAGAGCGACUGCUGCAGUUGGUACAAAUGUCGCAAGAGGAGCAGAACGCCAAGGAGAAGACCAUCAUGGAUUUGCAACAAGCCUUAAAGAUCGCUCAAGCCAAAGUCAAACAAGCACAAACACAGCAACAGCAAGCGGACGCUGGUCCCGCUGGCUUCUUGAAGAGCUUCUUCUAAAGAGAAACAGCAACAGAACCCACAAUAUUAACAAAAGAAGAAGAAGACGAAGAAUGAAUAUUUACAAAGCAAAUAGAACAAGAAGAAAAAAAACAAAAGAUGAAAAGAAAAUGAAAAAAAAAAAACACAAAAACAAGAACAACAACAGCACUGUCUACUACUUUGUAUACUACCGAUACCGAUACCGAUACCGAUAACAAUACCGACUAUGCAGUAUUUCUUCAACUACUAUGUACCACACACACUUACACACACACAUAUUCUAUAUACACAAAGAAACACACACACAGACACGAACACAGACACAUUUGUAAAUGACAUAUGUAAAUGCAAGCAAAUUAUUUGAUAUUUAUUGUAUUGUAAUUAGGUUGCCGCUAUACUCAAAUUAUGGAUGCAUUUAUGUAAAUGUCAGUCAGAACGUAACGCGUCACGUAACGACGUUACGUAAUUAUUGUAACUCUCUCGAACUUACAACUUAACUCUAUGUAUACCCUUAAAUGCCACACUCUUACGUAUACUCUAUCUCUAAAAACGCUCUCGCUAUCUUUCUCUUUCUCACACACACCACGCUACAGCAGACACGUCAUCUCUAUAUAGUAUAUAAAUAUACUAUUUGUCUCGCUUUACACUCCACACACUCAAUUUCCUCCCCUAUUUCUUCUCUGGCUGUCUCGCUGUCUAGUUAACUGUUGACAUGAUCAUUUUUGUACAUUUUCGAUCGAUGCGCUGAAAAGUCGACUACACUUUCCCGGCAAACGAAAUUGCAGUUCACACGAUCUGCGUUCUCACGAUUGUGAGACAUUUUCGUGACAUUCAAUAGUUUCACUCUCGGCACAGCUCUGCAAAAAAAAAAAAAAAGAAAUUUGCACGUUUGAUAAGGAAAAUCCCAUCAUUAGUUUUGCAUACGGCGCGAAUGUGAUUCACAAUAACCAAAAUAAAUAAAAGAAAAAACAAAAACCAAAUGAAAACAUCAAAGAGAAAACUAAUGCAAAAUGAAUAA